UCCUCCCCUCUGCCCUCCCUCUCUCUUCUCUCUUAGGUCACUCUUUCAGAACUAGAAUAAAAACUGCGGCCAACUUCCGACGCGCUCUCAUUGCCGGCCGGACCCCACCCUCUGACAAUCGCUCCUCGCUGGACCCUCUACUAGCUUCCCCUACCCAGCGCACCCGACCCUCUGGACCCAACUCUCCAGUUCCACUUGCUCGCUCUCCCGGUUCGAUUCCCCUCCUACUCUGCACCAUGGACAAGUUGUGGUGGCGCGCGGCGGCUUGGGGACUCUGCCUCGUGCCUCUGAGCCUGGCACAGAUCGAACUGAAUGUCACCUGCAGAUACACAGGCGUAUUCCACGUGGAGAAGAAUGGGCGUUACAGCAUCUCACCGACAGAGGCUGCUGAUCUCUGCAAGGCUUUCAACAGCACUCUGCCCACUUUAGAGCAGAUGGAGAUAGCCCGGGAAGCCGGAUUUGAAACCUGCAGGUAUGGGUUCAUUCAAGGGCACGUGGUGAUCCCCCGUAUCAAACCCAAGUUCAUCUGUGCUGCCAACCACACAGGGGUGUACAUCCUCACAUCCAACACCUCCCAGUAUGACACAUAUUGCUUCAAUGCUUCAGCUCCGGCCGGUGAAGACUGCUCAUUAAUCACAAGCAUGGCCAAUGCCUUUGAAGGAAACGUUUCCAUAACUAUUGUGAAUCGUGAUGGCACUCGCUAUGUACAGAAAGGAGAAUACAGAACUAACCCUAAUGACAUCAACCCUAGCAAUGCUCCUGAUGAGGACAUAAGCAGUGGCUCCUCCAGUGAAAGAAGCACUUCAGGAGAUUACAUACUGCACACCAACCUGCCAACUAUCCACCCAACUCAAGAUGAAGACAAGUCCUGGGUGUCUAACAGCCCAAAGAACACCCCUACUCAUGGUGUGAAUUCAAAUAUUACCCUAGCAGGCUGGGACCCAACUGAAGAAAAUGAAGAUGAAAAAGAUAAACACCCCAGUUAUUCCGGAUCAGGCAUUGAUGAUGAUGAAGAUUUUGUCACCAGUACCAUUUCAACCACAACAAUGCUUUUUAACGACCCAAAUCAGAACCCAGAUUGGAUACAAUGGAACCCAAGUCAUUCAAAUUCAGAAGAAUUACCUCAGACAACUACAAGGAUGAAUGAUGUGAGCAGAAGUUCAGAUACCAAGACUUCUGGAGAAAACAAGACACAGGAAAUACAUCCACCACUCAUUCACCAUAAACCUCAUGAUGAAGAGGAGACCCACUAUUCCACAAGCACAACCCAGGAAACCCCUAGUAGUGCAACAGAAGAAACAACUACAUACAAAGAGCAAUUUGGGAAUGGAUGGCCUGGGGACUAUCCCCAAAUGCCAGAAGACUCUCACUCGACAGCAGGGAUAACUGCCUCAGACCAGAACAACCAUUCAAAUCAAAUAUUGACAACACAGAACCCAGAGGAUGGUUCCUGGACUGAGUACUUCGACCCAAUCUCACAUCCAAUGGGACAAGGUCAUCAAACAGAAAAUAGCAUGGAUUCAGACUCCAGACAUAGUACUACACCUCAACCUUCUGCAGAUCCAAAUGUAGAUUUAGUGGAAGACUUGGGCAGAAAAGAAACCCUUUCUUUCACAACUCAGCAGAAUCCUGCUCAGAGCUUUUCUACAUCACAUAGUGGUUUGGAAGAUGAAGACCAUCCAAUGACAUCUGCUCCAACAUCUAGCAAUAGUAAUCAUGGUAAUGAUAAACAAAAAGGUGAGAGUCAUCCUCAAGAUUCAACUACUUCUACAGAAGGUCACACGUCUCAGUCCUCAGACACAGAGGAGCACAGGACCCUGGUCCCAAUGACCACUGCUGGGACAGUGGCCCCCGAAGUUACUGAAGUUACUAUUGUUGGAGAUACCAACUCUAAUGUUGAUGGUUCUUUAUCAGGACAUUUCCACAACCCAGACUUCUUUUCUGACUCCCCUGGCAAGUCCUAUACCACCCAUGAUUCUAAGGCAGCUGGGCAUGUAAGUGGAAGUCAAGAAGGUGGAUUAAACACUACCUUGCGUCCUAAGAAGAAAUCUCAACUUCCAGAAUGGCUGAUAAUCUUGACAUCACUCUUGAGCCUGGUUUUGAUUCUCGCAGUUUGCAUUGCUGUCAACAGUCGAAGAAGGUGCGGGCAAAAGAAAAAGCUGGUGAUCAACAAUGGUAAUGGAGCAGUGGAAGAUAGAAAACCAAGUGGACUCAAUGGAGAAGCCAGCAAGUCUCAGGAGAUGGUGCACUUGGUGAACAAGGAACCAUCAGAGACCCCAGACCAGUUUAUGACAGCUGAUGAGACAAGGAACCUGCAGAAUGUGGAUAUCAAGAUUGGGGUGUAGCCUUCACCAUUACCUUAGAAAGAAAUGAAAAAGACAUAACCACAGGGAGCUGGAACCUUCACAGAUGCAAUGUACUACUGAUUAUUUGGGGAAUCUUUUUUCAGUAUAAAAUUUUCUAUUCCCUUUGUUUUUUAUAUUUGCAAGCAGGUCCAUUUUAUAAAAACGGCAUUGCUUUCUGAAAUGAAGGCCCAAUUCAUAAUUGACAAAAAUUGUUCCAGCUCCCACUUAGAAGCUUCUCACCCCCUGAAGUGUUCUGUGGGAAGGCUUCUAACUGUAGACGUGGAUAUAUCUCCUUUCUCCUUCCAAACCUUACCUCCAUUUCACCUUCCAGAUAUCAACCACUUGCUAAGGACAUUCCCCAGGACUAAGAAUAGUUAGACCCUGGGAAGAAGUUUGAAUAAAUCUGUAUUGCUGGACAUGAUUUCCAGUGGUUAGGAUUUGGGAAGUACUGGUUAUACAUCCACUUUUAAAGACCACCAAGAAUUUUUUUAGUUGCUUCUGGGAGAUACCCAGGGGAUAAAUUUAUUUAUAUGUAGCUAUUUAUGUGUUUUUGAAAUACAAAACCAUAAAAGAUUUUGUUCAUUAUGAUUUUUCUUGUUAUCUUGUCACAGAUAAACAAGAAUUUGAACCCUUUCAUAAUAAACACUUUUAUUUCUCCUAUUAUAAA